UGGAGCCGCGGCAGGAGACCCCGCUGAAGCCGCCAGCCCCGGCGCCGUCCAAUGGUCAGAUACGGUACCGGUCGCCGUCUGCGGCGGAACUCUCCCCCGUCCCCUCCGACACUGGUUUCGAUGCCAGGAUGAGGCGGGUGCGCCAGGAGUCCCUCCCCGACCGGAUCCACCGCUUCCGCGGCGUCAUCCUCGUCUUCUCCGUUCCUCUUCUGCUUGUUUCCUUCGUUCUGUUCCUCAUGCCCCGCGCCCCCUCCCCCAUUGUCUCCUCCGGGCGGAAGACGGCUCCAGGUGGAGGUGGCGUCGGUAGCGGCGGCGGGGAGUUGGGAUCGAAGAGCUAUGCUGUUAUCUUCGACGCGGGGAGUUCGGGGAGUAGGGUUCACGUGUACUGCUUUGACGUGAAUCUUGAUCUGCUGAGUAUCGGCAAGGAAAUCGAGCUCUUCGAACAGCGAACACCCGGCUUGAGCUUCUAUGCCAAGAAUCCUCAGGAGGCUGCAAAUUCACUUCUUCCUUUAUUAGAGAAAGCUGAAAGUGUUAUUCCAGCAGAGUUGCGACGAACAACACCUGUCAGAGUUGGGGCUACAGCAGGUUUGAGAGCUUUAGGAGCUGUAACUGCUGAACAAAUUCUGCAAGCGGUUAGAGAUCUCCUGCGGCAGAAGAGCUCACUAAAGUUCCAGUCAGAUUGGGUGACUGUUCUAGAUGGAACUCAGGAAGGUGCCUUUCAGUGGGUCACUAUUAAUUAUCUCUUGGGGAAACUAGGAAAGUCGUACUGGGACACAGUCGGAGUGGUUGAUCUAGGGGGUGGAUCUGUUCAAAUGGCUUAUGCUAUUUCAGAAAAUGAUGCUGCAAAUGCUCCAAAAAUCUCAAAUGAAGAACAUUCUUAUGUGCAACAGCUAUUUCUAAAAGGAACAAGCUAUCACCUUUAUGUCCACAGUUACUUGCACUAUGGUCUGCUAGCCGUUCGUGCAGAAAUACUGAAGGCUGCUGAUGGUAAUAGUAAAUGUAUUUUGGAUGGUUAUAAUGGAUCAUAUAAAUAUGGGGAGAAGGAAUACAAAGCUGUUGCUUCACCUUCUGGUGCUAGUUAUUCCAAGUGCAGGAGUGACACUAUUAAAGCUCUCAAAGUUGAUGAACCGACGUGUACCCACAUGAAGUGUACAUUUGGUGGUGUCUGGAACGGUGGAGGUGGAGAUGGGCAGCGAAAUCUCUUUGUAGCAUCCUUUUUCUUUGAUAGAGCUGUUGAGGCUGGUUUUGUAGAUCACAAGGUGCCAGUUGCCAAGGUCAAACCAGCAGAGUUCAAGGUUGUUGCAAAGCAUGCUUGCAAACUAAAUGUGGAGAAAGCAAAAGCCACCUAUCCUCGUGUCCAAGACAACAAUCUUCCUUACCUGUGCAUGGAUCUUGUAUACCAGUUCACAUUGCUGGUCGAUGGAUUUGGUCUGGACCCAUACCAAGAGAUCACUCUGGUAAAGAAGGUGAAGUAUGGUGAUGCAUUUGUUGAGGCAGCAUGGCCUCUGGGUAGUGCCAUCGAAGUUGCAUCAACACCAUAGAUAGAGUCCCUUGUACAUGGUCCGCCAACUGCUUCGAUGAUUUGGAUAUUCUGCUCCAGUUUUGGAGCCCCAGCAAAUCUGAUUAAGCUCAGGUUCAUUGUUACUCCUGCUGCUUUGCUUUGGGAUUAAGGGCAACUGAGGGAGCAUUCUCCAUCGCAAUUUUGCCUAGAAUUUGAUUGCUCUUCAAUUGGUAAACCACAGAGGGAGGGAGGACUGCAAUUUACAGGUACUUGCACUGACCAUUCAUUUUACAUUUUGUAUUCGGUGCUGAGAUGAGAUAUGCCAUUUUGUGUUUCAGACCUUAUCAGAAGUACAUAAUGUCCUAUUGGUUUCUACCCAA